AUGUACUUGAGUUUUCAAAAUAAAUCAUUUUGGGAAAGCCUACACUUAAAAAGCGGCCUUGAGGACUGGGACAUGGAAGGGGAGCUCAAACUCACUGUGACCUCUGAAGAUCUUCUGAAAGAACCUGGCGUUCAGUCCCAUCUGUGGAUGUGGGUGAACCCCAGCCUGGUCUGCCCCAUCCCCGGGAGCCCUGGCGUAGACCCGGAGGGAUUCAACAGCCAGGUGUCCUCGGUUGCCGGUGCCACAGAAACCUCUUCUCCGAACACGUCCUGGGACUUCUCUGACCCAGACUGCUCCGAGGAGGAUGUGCUGUCAUCCUCCAGCGAGGCCGGAAAGCUUACUGAGGAUGAAGAUGCCUCAUGUGUGGACAUCUCUGUUUCUCAAGAGAUGCUGGAAACUCACAAUCUCAAGGCAACGCCGAUGCCUUGGAAAUCCGCAGUCCUCAGACCUCAGAAUGUGAAGUGCAAGUGCCACCGGCAGACGAGCAUCAAAAUCAAGGGAGGCUGGCCCCGUCCCCCGCUUAAUUACUGCAUCCUCAUCACCCUCGCCCUGUGCAACAGCGCAAGCGGCAGUCUGACCGUACAGCAGAUCUACCAGUUCACACGGCAGCACUUCCCAUUUUUUCAAACAGCCCCAGAGGGCUGGAAAAACACUAUCCGACAUAACCUGUGCUUCAGCAGCUGCUUUGAGAAAACCACUGGCUUCGUGUGCCGUGAGGGAAAUCGCAAGUCCUGCCUGUGGAAACUGACUCCAGAAGGAGACCGAAAGUUUCAGGAGGAAGUGGAGGCCCUGUCGGAAGAGGGUCUCGACUUGGUGCGCCGAAGCAUGAGCAAACCAGAACUGAUGAGAUCUCUGUUUGGCUUCUGA